AUGUCUAUUGCGUCGGCAAGAUCGCGUCGGUCGUCGGCUUCUACUAUCAAUUCGAAAACAUCGAAACCACCUCCUUCUGCUACUCCUCUGCAGAGUCUUCAAAUCGAAAACGAAUCGCUUCGUCUAGAAAUUCUUUCCUUGCAAAAGAUUCUCGAAACGCCAGUUGAUGAGAAUCGUCGUUACACACAUUUCCGAUAUCAGAUUUACUCACUGGAGAAGCAAGUUGCGCUAUUGACGCGAUUACUCGAUGCCAAACGAGAAGCAGUGGCAACAUGUGAAACCAUUCUCAUCGAGCUCAAUCAAUUUCUCGAAAAUCUAAAGGAUAAAAUUCAUCGAAAAGAAAAUCUCGAGGAAUCGCUGGUACAAUCAUGGAUUGAUCGAAUUGAAAGUAAUCGAAAGAAAUCGUUCAAAUCCAUGCAGGAUCAUGCAAAUCUAUCAGAUAAUGAUACACUAUUCGCUCCGAAUAGUUUGAAAUAUGUCAAUCAAGCACCCAUUCAUCUACUAGAUAUCUGUUCGGGAAAGAUCGAGCAUCUGAAUUUGAAAAAUAUUGCAAAUCUAGAAAGUUCAUUGUACAAUCUUCAUGCUGAUCUUCGCACAUUCCAAAAUGAAUUACUCGACCGAACGAAUCAUUCCAUUUUCCCCAAUCUCAACAACGAUCUAAUUCAACAUUCCAAAGAACUCUGCAAAAAAAUCAAUAGUACAACCAACGAACUUUUCUACCUGUCCAUUCUUGUGCCAACUCGACAUCAAAAAUGUACAUUUGACUCCGAACAAAUUACUACAGAAUUUCUCUGCCAACGAAUCAAUUCUCAAUUUCGCUUAUCGCCCAAUAUCAAACUUUACUUACAAUCAAUCUUCAAUUCGCUCGUCUCUGCAUUUAAUCAUGAGAUUUAUCUGUUGAAAGCGGAACUGAAUAUGAAAACUCGCCAAUUAUCUUUCUAUCGGCAUUCUUUGACGAAAAUUCAUUGUCAGUAUAUUCAAAAUCUCAUUCAGAUCUUAUCGACCGGUCAACAAUCGUUCAAUAAACAAUUACAAACAGUUCUCUACGAACCAUUAGUAAACAUUAUGAAAGAAUUCAACAAAAUGAAUGAUGAAAAAAGCGAUGAGUCCUUGAAAUCAUUUUUAUUUACAUUCAAAAUUCACGUUGAUCAAUUCAAUGAAAUUCUCCACGAUCUUUACCAACAGAUCACCGAUGGAUCGAAAGCAACUGAACAAUUGUUCAUGGAAACCAAUGAGCAAAUGUGGCGAGAUAUCGAGCAACAACAAAAACAAUUAAUUGACGAAGUCAGCUCGAUCAAGCACGAGAACAGUUCUCUGAAUGAUGUAAUGAAUCUAUUGCGCAUGUCUGAUUUUCAGAACAAUGUUUGA